AAAGGGGAAGAGAUAAGAGGGUUGACUGAGGGAAACAGAGAGAGAGGCACAGGUAGUAUCUUCUGAUUUCUGACUUCAGAUUUUUGUGUAUCCUGCCUGUGAUUUUGUCUUUGAUGGCGUCUCUCCGGUAAUCGGGCUCCUGCAUGUUCUUUCGCUUCCUUUUUCCCCCCCAGUUUUCUCAGAUGUAUCUUUGGUGUCUGCAUUUUCUGCCGCACAUAAUUGGUUGAUAAACAAGUAAACAUUGGUUUAGGUUCGGUCUUGUUAUUUGGCUCAUCAAUACGCAUGAGAUUUGAAGGAGUUGAAACGGCUUUACUGGGUCCAUGGAGUUUUAGUGGAUUUGGUCUUCUUUUAAGCUAAAUUAGGGAUAAGCUGCCUCAAUCACUUAUUGAUUUUUCUGAUUUACUGGCGUUGUAUUGCUCAGGAGAGGGAAGACAACAAAAAUUGAAUGCUGAAGCUACAGGAUGAAGCAAAAUGUUUGUGGGGCUUGAGUAAUGCCUUCUUAUAACGAUAAUGCUUUUACAAGAAAUGGAGCAUCAUCCAGUCCAAUCCAUGCCAAUCUAUCGUAUUCUGUCUGGGAAUGGCAAUCCGAUGACGCAGUUAGUUCAUAAAAACUCCGCCGGCGACUCCUCAUCAGGAAAGUCUGGGCAGUCUCACCAAGAAGCAUCUGUCGUGAGUGACAGCAGCCUCGACGGACAACACACCUCAACACAAUCUGAUUAUAACAUCAGCGAUAGUUGCGGGAAUCAGGAGCAUGGGAUGAUAAAGUCUGCAUUGUCCUUGGGGAAUCCGGAAUCUGCUUUCUCGCCUACCAAGCUUGAUUACAGCCAAUCAUUUGCUUGUGUUUCUUAUCCCUAUGCUACUGAUCCUUACUACGGUGGAGUCUUGACAGGAUACACUAGAGAGAAAAGUGUUCAUCUCCAAACGAAUGACACUGCCGCUGCAAACUCUAGGGUGCCGUUGCCUGUCGAACCGUCGGCAGAAGAGCCCAUAUUUGUCAAUGCAAAGCAAUAUCAAGCGAUCCUUCGAAGAAGACAAGUACGUGCAAAAUUGGAGGCCGAGAAUAAGCUGGUGAAAGAUCGGAAGCCGUACCUCCAUGAAUCUCGGCAUCGUCACGCGAUGAAGAGAGCCCGCGGUUCAGGAGGCCGGUUCCUCACCAAGGAGGAGCUCCAGCUCCAAGAGCAGCAGAGGCAGCAGCAGCCUCCAGCAGCAACGGUCCUCGGUAAGAACAACAUGACCUCCAGCAGCAGCUCGCCUUCAACGCCCCCAGGCUCUGAGAACUCGAGCUUUUCGACCGGUAGCGGCAGGAUGCUAGCUAACCAGCAGCACGUCGACUACCUGAACCUGGGUACGCACAACGGAGGCGGCCAAUUAACUGUCAAUGGCCUGCGUCACCGCGUCCCCGUCACGAGGUGAUGGACAGCGCGGUGUGUGACGGACUGACGGUGUGGUUUCAUUGCUCCCGCGUGGCCGUGGCAACUCAUCCUUGGCUUAUCAACUACUACUGCUAGUAGCAUGUAAUAAUCUACCUGCGUAUAUCUGAUAGUAGUAAGAAAAUACUCAGUCGGUCAGUCCAUUACCAUUUAGUAUGCAAUCUUACAACAAAAGGAACUCUUGAAUAGUACAUGUUAGAUGAGAUAUUUGCUGAUAUACCUGAAAUCCUGAAUAACUAAAUGUAAAUAGUAAUGUAGUUUAAUCAGGAGGUGGCAAUUUGGCUCAUAGGAGCAAAUGCUCUCAUUAUAUAAAAUAAUUAAAAAACAAUUUUAAAAAUGUUAAAAAAUUCUGAUAUAAAUUUGUUGGUGUACAUCUUGACAUUCUAUGUUAGUGCACAAAUUUUCGUGGAGAAACAACAUUUUAUAUGGCGUGUACAAAAAAGACAAAAAAAUAUCCUGUACGUAGUCGUGUUAUAGCAUCAAAACUUGUCUUUUUUACAGGAGCCACAAUUAUUUUUAGUUUUU